CUGAAGUUAUCGCAUAAAUCUUGUUGUUUCUUAUUUAGCGUGAAGUAUGUAGUGUAAAGGAGAAAAAAUGGCGGAUAACGAUGUAAAUGGUGAUUCCGAUGAUGUGCAGCAAGAAAAGUCACAAAAGAAAGCAGCGAAAUAUGACAGCGGUGCAGCAGAUUUAGAAAAAGUAACAGAUUACGCAGAAGAAAAAGAAAUAUCUUCGUCUGAUGGAUUUUCUUGUGCCCUAAGUAUAAUUGGAGAUCGACGAAAUAAAGAAGCUGCUGAAAAGAAAGCGAGAGAAAAGGAGUUGCUAAAGAUUCCUAUUAAGAAGGAAUAUGUUGAUCUCAUUGAAAAACACAUGGAAAUAAGUAGAACACAAGCCGAACAAAUUCUGAGAGAACAUGGUGGCAAUGUUGUCGAAGCUUUAAUUACGUUAACAAAUUGACUGUACAGCAUGAAUUUCAAGCAAACUCUUAUAAGUCUCAAUUUUAUUGUAAAUUAUAUGAUCUUAGGAAUUGUUAUGACUUUGGGUUAUUAAUAAUUUAUUCAUAUAUAUUACAAAAUAUACUAUUAAGUGAUUCUGCA